UGGUGGCGAGCCUGGCGGACAACGAACGAAUGUUCCCGACGGUCCUCGUCGGUCCGAUACGAGCGGACCAGGAUCUUGGUCAUUACCCGCAGCUUUGGCAGCUUUGGUCACAACUGCGCAGGGAUCUGGAGGCUUGGCAGUCCAACGCCACCACCCCGCCUCUUUGAUCAGUCGAGAUAGGUCGUAUCGACGGAUUACCUUACCUUCCUACAGGUGCCUACUAAUUCUCUCGGCGACUGGCACUUCCUCCUGCUGGCGCAACUUUGCAAAAGCGACCCAAGGCGCGCGGCGCAUUGACGCAUCGACAAACCGCCUUUUUUUCACAACAGGAAAAGGGUAGGGGCCGUGCCCUUCCAGGUCAGCCCCGCCGAGGAGAAGCAACAAGCAACAUCAAACAUUCCACAUACCUCAACAUGAUGGCGUCGCAAACGACCGGCACGACGCAAGCGGCCGGCGCCAGCGCCGAGCAACAACAGACUGCGCCGCAGAAGUCCCCGACUUCCCCCACCACCAACACCGCCGCCACCGCCGCCGCCGCGGCAGCGCGGCUGCACCGGCCGAUCCUGCAGUCGAUCCCGGACACGCGGCCGCAGUCGUUCGACGAGAUCUACGGCCCGCCCGAGAACUUCCUGGAGAUCGAGGUGCGCAACCCGCAGACGCACGGGAUCGGGCGGCACAUGUACACCGACUACGAGAUCGUGUGCCGCACCAACAUCCCCGCCUUCAAGCUGCGCGCGUCGUCGGUGCGCCGCCGCUACUCCGACUUCGAGUACUUCCGCGACAUCCUCGAGCGCGAGAGCGCCCGCGUCACCAUCCCGCCGCUGCCCGGAAAGGUGUUCACCAACCGCUUCAGCGACGACGUCAUCGAGGGCCGCCGCGCCGGGCUCGAGAAGUUCCUCAAGAUCGUCGUCGGCCAUCCGCUGCUGCAGACCGGCAGCAAGGUGCUGGCCGCGUUCGUGCAGGACCCCAACUGGGACCGCAACGCGUGGUGACGCUGCCCAGGCGGCGGGCCUCGACGCCCGCCAUCUCCGACGAGCUCCCCCCCGCCCGGUUUGUCAAGGCUGAGGGCUCUAUUUGCCGAACGAAACUCUACGGACAAGGAUACGGAUAAGGGCUAUCCACACAAGCCCAAGAAGCUGCGGAAACGGCCGCCGCGAGACUCGAGACACCGAAGUGCCUGCCUUACCAGCGUUGUUAUUGGCAUGGAAGGGAUGCGCGGUGAGGGUUGAUGGUUGGAACAUGCUCGGGGGAAUCAGCGGGAAGACGAAAUCUGCCUCGAACGGCCAA